UUUUGAUGAUAUCUCGCUGCUAUCAAUAUUGGGAAAUCCGUCUCAGCCUCAAAAGUCAAAAUUGCAAUUUUAAUUUUUAAUACAUUUUCAUUAUAUUUAUAUUUAUGUACUGUCAUAAGUGUAAUAACAGCUAGUAUUUGACAAUAAAUUAAUAUAUUAUUGACCAGAUUAGACAAUAUUCAUUAUUGUACGUGUUAUAAAUAAAUCGUAGGUAGGUAUUCGUUUUUAACUUUGUAACUAUUUAUAAUAAUUAUUGUUGUUACUAAGAAUCCAUAAUUCUGACUUGUGCACCAUAACAAUGCCUGAGAAUUAUAGCUGUGAUCAUUGUGAAAAAACAUUCACGAAUCGUCGACACUAUGAUCUGCACGUUGACGGUCAUUUGCGCAACGUUUGUCGUGUUUGCGGAUCAUCAUGCAACAGCCGCAAGAUGUUGGUCGCUCAUAUGUCUACAGUCCAUGGAUCCAAAUUGGAACCAAUUGUGUUGAAUUGUAAGUACUGUAUGAAAACGUUUGUUCAAAAACGUUCAUUGCACUUGCAUUACAAGACCGUGCACAAAAACACGGGUACUAUAUGUCUUGAUUGCGGACAGCCGUUUGACAGCAAACAAGAACUUGCUGAUCAUGUAAAAACAAUUAAGCACGGUGAUGGUUUCAUAUGCCAUAAGUGUGGAGAAGUAUUCACCCGAAACCAACAAUAUAAAUUACAUUUACAAAGGCACGAUGCAUACUGUUGUUUCAAUUGCAAUGCACAAUUUGCAAAUUCUAAAAAGUUGAACAAACAUUUGAAAUUGUGUGUUUCAAUACCACCGACCGACAACUAUUCAAAAAAUAAACAGUCAACCACAGGUGUUGUAUAUGAAUGCAUUGAGUGUAAAAAGUCGUUCGAGAAAAAAAAAUAUUAUAAACGCCAUAUGAAAACAGUCGUUCACUCAGGUAAUAAAGUUGAUAAUCCAUUUUAUUGUGCUCAUUGUCCAAAGAUAUUUUACUAUAAAUUUAAUUUAUCAUCACACAUGAAACAAGUUCAUUUUAAACAGUACAAUAAUUAUAUUUGUAACUUGUGCGGGCGGAGUUUUCAGUAUGGAAACAAUUACAAAAGGCAUAAAGAUUCUCAUAUGCAAGUCAGAAACUAUGUUUGUGAACAUUGUGGUGCUUGUUUUUAUCGCAAACAUGCUUUGCUAGAUCAUCAAAUUGCUAUACAUAAUGAAGAAAAGAAUUUUGUUUGCAAUGUAUGUGGUGAUAAUUUUAAAUUAAAAUCAAUUUUAAUAAGGCAUAUGGAAAAUCAUUCUGAAACCAAAAAAUAUGUAUGCCAUUGCAAACGUAUAUUUAAAUUUGCAUCCAAUUUACGACGUCACCAAGUCAACAUCCAUAAUCAAGUAUAUACUGAAUCUGUUAAAGUAAAACGCUUUGUGGAAGAUAAUAGCCGUUCAUCUCCAUUGGCGGUCAUGAACGAAGAAAAAGAAAUACAAAGAUUGAAACAAAAAAAUAUCAACCCCCUUCGAUUAGAAGACAGUGUAUCAUAUUCAUUGAUGGCAUAUCAUGAUAACUUAGAUUUAAGUAGUGUUGAUAUAGCAGAGAGUGUACUUCAAGUCGCCUCUGCUUCAAAUUACAAGAUAGAAUGUGAAGAAAAUUCAUGUUUCCCUGGAAUUCACCCUCCUAUUGAAACAUCUCUAGUAUGCAGUUUAAAUGAUGGUGUAGAUUUGUCUCCUAAUUCUUCACAGCAAUACUUAUCUGAUUAUGUUGUUCCACAUCAGUUUCCAUUUUUGAAUAUUUGAAUGUUACAAAAUUGCAUUUAGGGAUGUUUAUUAUUGAUGAAACAAAUUUAAUGUGAUGCAAAAAAAUUAUUAUACAAAAUAUUACCAAUAUUAGGGUGUUAAACUAAGAUGUACUUUCUAUAGUCUACUUGACUUCUUAUGCUUAAUAUCUUACUAAUUUGGUUUUAUAUGAAAUAUAUUCUUUAGGUAUUAUAAAAAUAAGUGACGCUGAAAUGCUAAAAAUAUACUAUAUAUACUAUUAUUUAGUCUGUGACAUUGUAUAUUAAGGGACCCCCACCACCCUACUUUUACUACAUGGACCAGGGUCGUUAUAGUCAUAAUACAAUUUAUAAAUUACAUAUUGGACAAUAAAAGAAAUAUAUUUUCUCAUAAGGUAUCUGGUUGGUGUUUGUGCGGUCUUCUUGGAAGACAUCUUGUGGUAGGCGCAGUUUUAGCCUAAAAUUAUGUUAUUUCUCCAAAUUUUGAAAUGGGUAGCUUCUUUGGUUUUCUCUUGAUUAUUAUGAAUGUUUUUGAAUAUAAGGUAUAUAAUAGUAUUACAGAUAUAAAAUUUUUUUGUUGUGUGUUUAUUGGGCCUUUAAGACCAUCCCAUCUCACAACCAAGUUUCCAUCCUUCUCUACCCAGUGCUAGAUUUCUUUGGUUGGAAUCCCCUCCCAUCUGUUCAACAUCCAUUUUUAUAACAUCCUUCCAGCCCAUUCUUGGUCUUCCCAGAAGUCUUUUGCCUACAGGAUUUUGUUCAAUCACUGCAUGUAGAAGUAGAUUUUGGUUCCUCCGAGCAUGGCCAGCCCAACGUAGUAUUCUUCUUCUGAUAACCUUCAAUCAAUAUGACGUCUGAACUACCGUAUAAUGUUUCCAGCUAUGUUCUUUCUUCGUCUCCACUCCCCAAUUAUUUCGUCCUUGACUGAGCCAUAUAUUGUCCGCAACACUGUACUUUCAAAGACAAUGAAUCUGUGCUCAUCCAUUUUUCUAAGUGACCUUAUUUCUGAUCCAUACAUUAUAACCGGUCGUAUCAGGGACGUAUAUAAUUGUUCUUUCAUUCUUCGUGAUAUUGCUCGUGAGCUUAGUAAGUCCAUAGUAACAUUUAUUCCCAGCUGGGAUUCUUGCUGCUACCUCGUUUGCUACAUUACUUUUUUCAGUCAAAAUAGUACCGAGGUAUUUGAACUGUUCUACCCUUUUAAAUUCAUAGUGAUCUAUUUUUGUGGACUGACAAAAUGGUAGCCUCCGUCUAAUCAAAAA